AAUUCCAAAUGUGUUAACCCCUUUUCAAAGAAACUCGAAGAAACAUGUCCCUUACGCGAAUAAUCAAGAGUUCAAAAGCCUCCAUCACAUGCUACUCUUCAUUAUAUAUACGAUCCAAUUCCAUACCCUAUCAUCAUCAUCAUCAUCCAAAUCACUCAUUGCUAUCUCCAAAGUCUCAGCAUAACCCUUUUCACUCUUUCUCCUUCAUGGGUUUAAUAUUUGGAAAAAUCAGCGUGGAGACCCCAAAAUACGAAGUGAUCAAAUCCACAAGCGAGUACGAAAUCCGCAAAUAUGCACCGUGUGUAGUGGCAGAAGUCACCUAUGACCCAUCACAGUUCAAGGAAAAGAAAGAUGGUGGUUUUAUGGUUCUGGCCAAUUACAUUGGUGCUUUGGGGAACCCCCAGAACACCAAGCCUGAAAAGAUUGCCAUGACUGCACCAGUUAUAACCAAGGACAGUGGCGGGGGUGGUGAGAAGAUUGCUAUGACAGCACCAGUUGUGACAAAAGAUGGUGGUGGUGAAGAUGGGAAGAAGAACAAGAUGGUGACUAUGCAGUUUAUUUUGCCAGCUCUGUAUGGGAAAGCUGAGGAGGCACCUAAACCCACUGAUGAGAGGGUUGUGAUAAGAGAAGAGGGUGAGAGGAAAUAUGGGGUGGUGAAGUUUGGAGGUGUGGCAUCAGAAGAAGUGGUGAAGGAGAAGGUGGAGAAGCUGAAGGUGAGUUUGGAGACUGAUGGGUUUAAGGUGGUUGGGGAUUAUUUGUUGGCCAGGUACAACCCACCUUGGACAAUUCCUAUGUUCAGGUCUAAUGAGGUUAUGAUCCCAGUUGAAUGAAUCUGGAGGUUACAUACACAGAUUUCAGUGUUUAUUUUUAUCUUUUUGUUAUGCUGUUAAGUUUUACUUGUGUUGAUAAGUUUAGAAUAUGUUGUAGUGUUGCCUUGUUUCAAUUAAUUACACAGAAUAAAUGUUUUAUACGUGCUACGUUUUUCGGUUGUC